UUCUGAAUGAGAUAACGUGAACUACGGAAGCCUAAUAACAGAAUCUACUACUACUUUUCAUUGUGACGAUCAUGUUUUACUGCCACUUUUUGAAGGAGUCCUUGAGGUUAUCAUAACUGCUAUAACUCAGCGACGAUUAAGUUUUAUUGCCAUUUUUUGAAGGAGAACUUGAGGUUAAAUUAACUUCUGUAACUCAGCGAUAGGUACGUUUUACUGCUGCCUUUUUAAAAGAGAACUUGAGGUUAGUAUAACUACUAUAACUCAGCGACAAAUAAGUUUUAUUGUCACUUUUUGAAAGAGGACUUGAGGUUACCAUAACUACUGUAAGGCAGUGUCGAUCAAGUUUUACUGCCAUAUUUUGAGAGAGAGAACUUGAGGUUACCAUAACUACUGUAAGUCAGUGUCGAUCAAGUUUUACUGCCAUAUUUUGAGAGAGAACUUGAGGUUACCAUAACAACUGUAAAUCAGUGUCGAUUAAGUUUUACUGUCAUAUUUUGAGAGAGAACUUGAGGUUACCAUAACUACUGUAACACAACGCAGCGACGAUCAAGUUUUACUGUUUAAUCGACACUUGUUUCAUGGUUGAGACCACAGUUCUAUGGUGGAACGGAUCCUAACAAUUAAAGAGUACCUUUAACGCCUCCACCACAAAGAAUAAACUGUCCACCAACAGAAGAUUUAGGGUGCUCCGAAUAUUGUUUGAAGUUCUCAGCAGAUGACAGGAACAAUAGCGAUGAUAAUUCGCCUGUAACAUGUGGACCACCUGUGAAGCCACCACCUAAACCAAAAAGAAGACCCACGACAUGUAUGUCUUCAUCAUCUCCUCCUUCAACUCCGAGCACUAAUGUCGCUUUCGAUGGAGAAAAAUAUCUGAGUGUUGAAACCACUGGGCAAGUGAACACAAAGUUCGGACCCUUAGUCAAUCUUGACAAAGCGAACAGCACCGGAGACUUGAGACAAGAAGUACUGAUGUGUUUCUCUAGUGAAGCUAGUGGUAGUGAUGACGAGGAUGAAAGCAUGGAGAACUUGAUGUAUGUCAAAUCUCUGAGUGAUUGUCUGAAGCCGCCCGAGACUUCACACGAUCAGAAGUUUGCUCAUGUCAAAUACCUUCUAAAGAUGGGACAAGUAGAAGGACUAGACGAGCCUCCUCCAAACUUUGUUCCCCCUCCUCCUCCAUUCAGCAGCAUCCACAGCAAAGACAGGAAAAAUGAGCAUAGAAACAGACACUCAAAAAUAUGGAAUACUCAUUACCUGGAUACCAACACUGACAGUAAUCAUAUGGAGGAACGCCGGUGCUUUGUAACGUUUGGUAGUCAGCCCCAAUCCACACGCCAACUGUCCAAAAGUAAUAAAAUCACGUCAUCUCCGGAAGACAUGACUGACAAAGGUACAAUCAAUACUUUAUCUAGUAAAUACAAACAUGGACGUAUCCCAGUUCUGUUCGACCAUUUCAGCGACGAUGAAAGGCCUUUUAAAGUUGGGCAAGUCCGGCGUUGUGCAUCCGAUAGAAGUGCAAAUAGGUCAAAGCUGAUCAAGAAAAAGGUCAAAGACAUCAGAAAAAAUCCAGAAAAAGAUAAUCAACAACAUGCAACUCCUUUUAUGAAGGAACUUGAAGAAGUACUGAUUAGAAAAAAAUCUAAGACUUAAAGUAAGCAGGUAUGACGAUGAUAAAGCUUAACAGUUAUAGAAGAGGUACAUGGAACUGUUCUAAUAACCAGAACCAAGUGAGACAGAACAUCUUGAACACUGUAAAAAUGGCAUAAAGGGGCAAUAAUAAGUACCAUUAAUGUUGUAAAAUAAGAUUCAGAUUUUUCAUUGUAGACACUGUAAAAGUUUUCUUCAUUAAGUAUAUUUAUAUGACAAUAAAUUAAUAUUCCUAAUAUGUUAUUUAGUAUGAAGAAUGAAAUAAACUAGUCAAUAAAGCUGUAUUUAUAUGAAUGUUUGUGUGAAUACAAAUAAAAAUACUUGUUUAAAAUAUUAAUUAUUAUAUGUGUUCACAAUGCUUUUUCACACUACAACUGUACAAAUUUGAAAAAAAUAUUAGCAUUGCAUUGAAACUAACAAUCUACUGAAUCUUCAAUCCUUCUUGAA